AUGGCCGCCGCCGCCGCCUCCGAGACGACAUCGACGGCAAAUCCGCCGAAGCAGGACGAAGCGAACGGGCUCCUACUGGGCCGAUACGAGCUCGGCAAAAUCCUAGGUCACGGAACAUUCGCGAAGGUUUACCACGCGCGGAAUGUGACGACCGGCGACGGCGUCGCCAUCAAAGUAAUCGACAAGGAAAAAAUCCUCCGCGUGGGGCUAAUCCGCCACAUCAAGCGCGAGAUCUCCGUCCUCCGGCGGGUCCGCCACCCGAACAUCGUCCAGCUGCACGAAGUAAUGGCCACCAAAUCCAAGAUCUACUUCGUAAUGGAGUACGUCCGCGGCGGCGAGCUUUUCGGAAAGCUCGCCAAGGGCCGCCUGAACGAGAACCUCGCCCGGAAUUACUUCCAGCAGCUGAUCUCCGCCGUCGCGUUCUGCCACUCCCGCGGCGUCUACCACCGCGACCUCAAACCAGAAAACAUCCUCGUCGACGACGACGGCAACCUCAAGGUCUCCGACUUCGGGCUCAGCGCCAUCUCCGACCAGGCCAAACAGGACGCCCUGUUCCGCACCUUCUGCGGCACCCCUGCCUACGUGGCGCCGGAGGUUCUCUCCCGGAAAGGCUACAACGCCGCCAAAGUCGACGUCUGGAGCUGCGGGGUCAUCCUCUUCGUCCUCACCGCCGGCCACUUCCCCUUCUAUGACCACAACAUCAUGUCACUGUACAAAAAAAUCAAAAAUGGCGAGUUCAAGUGCCCCCGCUGGUUCUCGCCGGAGCUCGUCCACCUCAUCACUCGAAUGCUCGACACAAAUCCCGAUACACGAAUCACAAUCCCCGAGCUCAUGACCAACAAUUGGUUCAAAAAGGGCUUCAAGAAUGUGAAAUUCUACAUUGAGGACAGCAAAUUGUGCAGUGUGAAUGAGGAAUCGAAUGAAGAAUUGAAAAUUACUUAUUUGCCCAAGCCAGUUAGCCUGAACGCAUUCGAUUUAAUCUCGUUUUCGCGUGGGUUUGACCUUUCGGGGCUUUUCGAGGAAGGGGGAGGAGAAGACAGUGAUGUUCGGUUCGUGUCAAGGGCUUCAGUUUCGAGCAUUAUUUCGAAAAUCGAGGAGAUUGGUAAAGUCGUGAGGUUUACGGUGAGGAAGAAGGAUUGCAGGGUGAAUUUGGAAGGUAUAAAGGACGGAGUCAAUGGCCCGUUGACUAUCGUGGCUGAGAUAUUCGAGUUGACUUCUUCUUUGAGAGUUGUCGAGGUUAAGAAGAAAGCAGGGGAUUUGUCGGAGUAUGAGGAUUUCUGCAAUCGGGAAUUGAGGCCCGGUUUGCAGAGCCUUGUCACGGCAAAAGAUUAG